AGCAAGGAGGGCGACGCUUACGAAGUCCCGAUGGCCGUCGCAAAAAUGUCGGUACUGGUGGCCGAUACCUUCGACGCGGACGAAGACGAUGACGAGGCUGAGCCGGUGAAAGACUUUCCCCUUCCCAACGUCACGUCUGGUGUGUUGGAAAAGGUUAUAGAAUUUUGCAAGCACUUCCAGGAGGAACCCAUGACGACUAUUCAGACACCACUCAAGUCCUCGAAACUGGAAGACUUGGUACAGCAGUGGUACGCAGAUUUCGUCAAAGUACCCAAGACUCUGCUGUUUGAUCUGGUUGCUGCGGCCAAUUACAUGGACAUCAAGCCGCUUUUGGAUCUGACUUGCCUGGCGGUUUCGAUUCUUAUCAAAGGCAAGUCGGCUGCGGAACUCCGUUCCAUGUUCAAUCUUUCGGACGAGCUUUCGCAUGAGGAAGAAGCCCAAAUGGCGCAGGGGAAUCAGCAAUUCGCCGAUCGA